AUGUCAAAUGGUGUUGUGUUUGAUAUUGUAGAAACGCCACUCCGCAUUGUUAUGAUUGGAAAAACUGGAGUUGGGAAAAGCGCAGUUGGAAACACCAUUCUUGGAAAAGAAAUGUUUAAAUCAGCCCCUUCUGCAAACUCUAUUACCAGUGAAUGCAAAAAAGAAAAGGUUUACGACAAAAGAGACAUUUAUGUGAUAGACACCCCUGGAGUUUUGGAUACCAGCCUAUCAAAAGAUCACAUCAAAAGAGAAAUCGUGAGAUGCAUUCAGGUGUCAGCACCAGGUCCUCACACGUUUUUGCUGGUGAUACAAAUCGGCCGUUUCACAACCGAGGAGAAAAAUUCUGUCCGAGCCCUUCAAGAGCUCUUUGGAGAAGAAGCUUCUAAGUACAUGAUACUGGUCUUCACUCAUGGAGAUCAGCUCAGAGGUCAGUCAAUACAAGACUAUGUGAGAAGUGGUCAUGAAGACCUCCGUAGAGUCAUCCAGAGCUGUGGGAGUAGAUAUGUUGUUUUUGACAACACUAACAUCAGAAAUCGAUCUCAGGUGAAAAUAUUAAUCGACAAGAUAGAUGAGAUGGUGGCAGCCAAUGGAGGAGAAUGCUUUACUCAGGAAAUGUAUGAAGAAGCUGAAGAACUCAUUCAACAAAAGAAUCAUGUGAGAGAAAUAGCAGAGCUUCUGGAGUAUGAAUUUAGCUUCCUUGAUGACCUUGAUAAAAAAAUGGCUCUUUUCCAAAAAAUAUUGCUUGGGGAAAUGUACUAUAAUUCGGCAUUUGAUGGUCAGAUGUCAUGA